AUGCCCAUUGAUGUCAACUGGCUUCGCGCUGACAGGUCUGGUGAUCCACACCUGGUGCGGCAAGCGCAGCGCCAGCGCUUCAAAGCGGAUGCAGAUGCGCUUGUUGAUGAAGUGCUGGAGUUAGACACGUCCUGGCGGGAGAAGACCACGUGCGCGAGGGAGCUGCACACACAACUCAACGCGCUGCAGAAGGACGUCAUUGCCCGGAGGAAGAAGCUCAAGGAGCCUUGCGACGAGGAGCUGAAGCAAGCUGCCCUGAUUCGAGAGCAACUAAAGGAGCUGGAGCUUCAAACCCUGCAAUGUGAGAAGCUCCGGGAUGGAGCACUUGGCAAGCUUGGCAACUUUGUGGAUCCCUCAGUUCCGAUUUCGCAGAAUGAAGCCGACAAUGAGGUCAUCAGUACCUGGCCAUCGGGCACUUCGGCCGCGCAUCCCGCACAUGUCAGCCAUGACGACCUUGGGAGGAGCCUUCUCGGCCAUGAUGAGUUGCUUUGGCGCAUUGGCGGAUAUGAUCCAGAGAGAGGGUGCAAGGUUGCAGGAAGCCGCGGCUACUUCCUUGAAGAUGCAGGAGUUCUUCUCAACCAGGCCUUGAUCAACUUUGGUCUGGCUUUUCUGCGUGCACGUGGGUAUCGUGCUGUGCAGCCGCCAUAUUUCAUGAGGAAGGAGCUCAUGGCUGGAGUUGCUCAGCUGGAUGACUUUGAUCAACAGCUGUACAAAGUCACAAAGGGGGGCCAAGGCGAAGUUGCAGAAGAGAUGGAGAAGUAUCUUAUCGCCACGUCGGAGCAGCCGCUCUGUGCCUUUCAUGCGAAAGAGGUGCUCGACGCGGAAGUCCUUCCCUUGCGCUACGCCGGGCUCUCCACGUGCUUCCGGACUGAGCUGGGCAAAGCCGGCAGGGAGAACCGAGGGAUCUUUCGCGUGCAUCAGUUCGACAAGGUGGAGCAGUUUUGCAUCACAGCGGCUGACUCUGAGCUGUCGCAGCAGAUGCACUCAGAGAUGCUGCGCUGCGCAGAAGAGUUCUACCAAAGUCUGGGGGUUUCUUAUAGAGUUGUCAAAGUUGUGUCUGGAGAGCUUAAUGACGCUGCCACCAUGAAGUAUGACUUGGAGGGCUGGUUUGCAGGGCAGGGGCAGUAUCGCGAGCUUGUCUCCUGCUCCAACUGCACCGACUUCCAGUCGCGAGCCCUCGACAUCCGAUACCGACCUGCAGAUCCUCCGGACAAGCAGCGCCCGCGUCACGUGCACAUGCUCAACUCGACACUGACUGCUUCGGGAAGAUGCUUGUGUUGCCUGUUGGAAACUUACCAAACAUCCGAUGGUGUUCGGGUCCCAAGUGCGCUCGUGCCAUUUAUGGGAGGCAUUGAUUUUUUGCCCUUCAUUCGCGGACCCCGACAACCCGUGGAGGUGUGUAAGGCGAAAGUCCCGAGGGAGCCAAAGGAGCCUUCCAACCUGAGCCACAUUCAGGACCUUGAAGAGAAGCUCCUGCACUGCCCCUACGUCGGCGGGUUUGAGGCUUCCAAGGACGACCUGAAUGAAAUCAGCAUCGUAAAGCACGAGGAUCUCUCCAAGUACCCGAAUGUCCGACGUUGGAUAGAGCACAUGAACUCGUUCACCAGUCGAGAGCUUGCCCUCUUGACCUGA